AUGGAAAAGUACAUUUUAGGGGAUGUUAUCGCUGAAGGUCAGUUUGGGAGCGUGCGAGAAGCGAGAUGUAAAGAAACGAAUGCCCAUGUCGCGCUGAAAAUCGUGCGUGUUUCAUCGAUUGAUAGUGGCAUCCCUCAUCCGGUUGCUCGUGAGGUUCUCAUAGCGAUGCGAGUCUACCAUCCCUAUAUUGUGAGUGUGAUUGAAGUGUUUCCCUAUCGCUCCUCUGUGGCGAUAGUAAUGGAGCGGUGCACUUCAGACUUGGCGAAUCUACUAGCGAGUCACUCAUUCUACAAUCCCAUGCCCCUGCAGCUUGGGAAGCGGCUUUUCUUUAUGCUUUUAUCGGCGUUGGAUUACCUUCAUCAGCAGCGCAUCCUCCACCGGGACGUGAAACCGUCGAACUGCGUCCUGUCCGCCGAGGGGGUGCUGAAGUUGGGUGACUUUGGCCUCAGUCGGAUGUGGAAGGAGGAGGACCUCUCCCACGAGGUCGCCUCGCGCUGGUACCGCGCUCCUGAGCUUCUGUUUGGGCAGCGCCGCUACGGCGCAGAGGUCGAUAUGUGGUCCGCGGGAUGUAUUUUGGCAGAAAUCUUACGUGGCUUUGGAGGGGCAUUUUUCCCAGGGGAGGGCGACAUUAAUCAGAUUUCCAAAAUAUUUGACAUCCUUGGAACCCCAACCGAGGCCUCAUGGCCAGGUGUAGGGAAGCUACCACUCUGGGGAAAGGUGAAUUUUGUGCAGCGCUCCGGAUGCGGCUUAAGGGAAACGCUGCCACGGUCAAGUGAAGCAGCAAUCAAUAUAUUAGAGAAACUCCUGAGUUUAGAUCCAACGUCACGGAUCUCGGCCAGGGAUGCUAUGAAACACCCUUUUUUCCUUGACACGUGA